GCGUCCGGGAUGGCAGACUUUUGGUCUCGGGCUGAAGUUCAGUUCUCCGGCUUUAACGUGACCGUCCGGCCGGUUUCUUACCCAACACUGCCGCCCGGAGACUCUUCCAGGCGUCGGACGGAGGACGGGCUGCUCGAGUUGGUAUAAGAGCGCCUCUGGUAACUUAUUUUGGUAGUUUUCGGGAAGUGUUUCGGUUCCAGUGUGUGGCCAUUCACGCCUGUCCGGCUCGUUUCAGCGUUACUUCAUUCGUCUGGUCAAGGCUGGGAAAGUUUCUGUUAGUAUAAGAACUGGCGGUUUGUGUUCAUUGAGCUGAAGGGGGUCAGUAUAGCCCGCUACUGGAGUCUGAGUAAACCCUACAGCCACGCUUUGCCAUUAACCACAUCUUGACUGGAGAAUAUGGGGGACAGGUCCGGUUCAGGUGAGGUCAAUGACAAUAGGUAUUUUGUGGACGGCCAUCUAAAGAACCCCAUCCCAGACAGCCAAGUUCACCUGGAAGGCAGUGCACCUCUCCAGAGCACAGCCGCCACUCGUCUGUACAAGAGGAGAUGGCUGAUCGUGUGCCUGUUCAGCUCCUACUCCCUCUGCAACGCCUUUCAGUGGAUCCAGUACGGGAUCAUCAACAACAUCUUCAUGAGGUUCUACAGCGUGGACUCCUUCACCAUCGACUGGAUGUCCAUGAUCUACAUGCUCACCUACAUCCCGCUCAUCUUCCCAGUGACGUGGCUCCUGGACACGAAGGGACUGAGGGUCAUCGCGUUGGUGGCCACGGCGUUGAACUGCGCAGGAACAUGGAUCAAGGUGGCCAGUGCCAGACCGGACCUUUUCGCCGUCACGUUCUUAGGACAGGUCAUCUGUUCAGCGGCACAGGUGUUCAUCCUCGGGAUGCCCUCGCGCAUCGCGUCGGUGUGGUUCGGGUCCGAGGAGGUGUCCACCGCGUGCUCCAUUGGAGUCUUUGGAAAUCAGCUUGGGAUUGCUAUUGGGUUCCUGGUCCCACCCAUUCUGGUUCCAAAUGUUGAAGACCUGGACGAGCUGGCCGGUCACAUCAGAGUCAUGUUCUACAUCACAGCAGGCGUGGCCACGUUCCUCUUCAUCCUGGUGAUCAUUGUGUUUCAGGAAAGGCCGGAUAUCCCCCCCACUCAGGCUCAGGCCGCCGCUCGUCUGAUCCCGGCGGAGAGUUACUCCUACACCUCCUCCAUCCUCUGCCUCCUCCGCAACAGACCCUUCAUCCUCCUCAUCAUCAGCUACGGGUUAAACGUUGGCUGUUUUUACGCCGUCAGUACGCUGCUCAACCAAAUGAUCAUCAAGCACUAUCCAGGUGAAGAGGUGAAUGCUGGAAGGAUCGGUCUGACCAUCGUUAUAGCUGGCAUGGUCGGGUCGCUGAUCUGUGGCAUCUGGCUGGACAGAACCAAAUCAUACAAGCAGACGACUCUGGCGGUGUAUGUGAUGUCUCUGGUGGGCAUGCUGGUAUACGCCUUCACCCUCAGUCUGGGUCAUCUGUGGGUGGUCUUCAUCACUGCUGGCGCUCUCGGGUUCUUCAUGACGGGCUAUCUGCCUCUGGGCUUUGAGUUUGCAGUAGAGCUGACCUAUCCGGAGUCUGAGGGGACAUCAUCUGGUCUGCUCAACUGCUCUGCUCAGGUGUUCGGUAUCAUUUUCACCAUCUGUCAGGGAAAGAUCAUUGAGCACUUUGGAACACUGGCUGGGAACCUCUUCCUGUGUGCUUUCCUGCUGAUCGGAACCAUUUUAACAGGAUUUAUCAGAUCUGAUCUACGCAGGCAGAUGGCUAACCAGCUAGCCAAGACAGCUGCUGCAUCCGGUCAUCACGAGGGUCAGGAUUACGGCGCCACGGCUCCGAUUAACGCCUCACACUUCUGAUCAGUAAUCACUGCUCAGCCUGCUUUUACCACUGCAACUGGGACAGGAAAAUGUGAACGGAUCAGCGGUGAGUCCUGAUGAGCCGGCUACCAAACUGUAAACACAAAGACCUGCUGACCAUCACCUUCCCAAUGGCUCAGUGCGUGUGGUAUCGUGUUCAGGUGUUGCUGCUGUUCUGGCUCUUCUUAAUCUUAAUCUUAAAAAAAUAAAAAAAUCGAGGGCAGUCAUGAGCUGGAGGUCAGGGAACCAACCCUCUUACCGGAAGGUUGCGGGUUCAAUCCCCAGCACCAACAGUACGUAACUGAAGUGCCCUUGGGCAAGACACCCAACCCCCAACUGCUCCCCGGACACUGUGGAUAGGGCUGCUCAUCACUCCGGGCAAGUGUGCUCACUGCCCCCUAGUGUGUGUGUUCACUAGUGUGUAUGUGGUGUUUUAUUUCAUGGAUGUGUGAAAAUGUGGAGGUGAAAUUUCCUCGUUGUGGGACUAAUAAGAGUCACUUAAUCUAAACUUAAUCUUCUGAAGCACCAUGGACUCUAUUUAGAAUUCAUUUUUAUUAUUGUAGAACAUUAAGAGUAUAAAAACAAAAAAAUCAGAGAGCACUUUUCAUUUAUUUCAUUUCUGCUCAAAUGGUCAAAAAGUGUCCCAGCAGCUAAAUCUAAUACAACGCCAUUUCCAAAAAAGUUGGGACGCUGUGCAGAAUGUAAAUAAAAAUAGGAUGCAAUAAUAUACAAAUCAUGUGAGCCAUAUUUUAAAAGGAAAAUACUACAAAGACAACAAAUCAAACGUUGAGCCUUGAGAAAUUUUAUUGUUUUUUGUUUUUAAAUAUAUGCACGUUUUGAAUUUGACGCCGACAACACGUUCCAAAAAAGUUGGGACAGGGGAUGUUUACCACUGUUUCAUCGAAUCAGAAUCACAUUUAUUGUCACAUAACGUAUAUAUAUAUAUAGCUGUGAGAACAGACAGUGGCUUGGAUGGGGUGGAGUUCUUUAGAAUCCUCCUGGUCUUCCUCCAAAAGGUUUGGGAGAUGGACCCCGGUGAUGAGCUAGUGAGCUAGGCUGUCCGCACCACCCUCUGCAGAGCUUUCCGCUCCAUGGCAUUGCAGUUUCCAUACCAGGAGGUGAUGGAGCUGUUGGAGCUGUUGACUGCAUGUGUAGAAUGUUCUGAGGAUGUGGGGGUUCAUGCCAAACCUCUUCAGCCGUGGAGGUGGAAGAGGCACUGUUGUGCCUUUUUUACCACCCAUGUGAUGUGUUUUGCUCCAUGUCAGUUCCUCUGAUGUGUGAACACCUCCUCUGUCAGUGUUUGGGAACUGAGGAGAUGCUGCUGUAGUUCUGAAAGUGGAAUGUUUUCUGUUCUUGUUUGAUUCAGGAUUUCAGCUGAUCAGCAGUUUCAGGGACUCAUUUAUUGUGUUUUUCAU